UUGAAGGACUCCAGCCGUCGCUACAGCCACUGGGCCCUGUCAGCAUGAACGCUCCACGCCGGGCCGGGCCCGAGGCCUUGCUGCUGCUCUUGCUCCUGGACUGGACCAGCUCCACUUUCAUCACUGUGAACCGAGGGAUGAGGGUGAUGAAGGGCAGUUCCGCCUUCCUGUCGGCAGAGGACCUGAAGUUUGCCAUCCCCAGGGAGAAGGACGCCUGCAAAGUGGAGGUGGUGAGGAAUGAGCCGAUAACCCAGAGGGUUGGAAAGCUCACCCCACAGGUCUUUGACUGCCAUUUCCUUCCCAAUGAAGUAAGGUACGUUCACAAUGGGUGUCCGAUCCUUGAUGAAGAUACUGUGAAGCUUAGGCUUUACAGAUUUACUGAAACAGACACAUUCACGGAAACCUUUGAGCUGCAGGUCCAUCUCCUGGAACCAGACUGUAACAUCAUCCACAUGAGUGACAAAGUGCUGGAGGUGUCUGAGUUUUAUGGCCUGUCCAGAACCAUCGAUAAGAACCUGCUCAGCUUUGAUUAUGACAGGACAGCCAACCUGGAAUGUACCAUCAGGCUAGACCCCCUGACAACCCUGCUGCCAGCCCAUGGACAAAUGGUUGUGGUGGAACCUCUUCCAGAAGGACCUCGUGGAGAUCAGCCACACAGUUUUUUCCCCGAGUCCCAACUGGGAACAGAACUGAAGUGUCCAGGUGGAAGCUGUGCCCUGGGAUUGAAGAAAAUAGGAAGUCUCAAAGUGAGCUGUGAGGAGUUCCUGCUGAUGGGGCUUCGUUAUCAACAUAUGCAGCCCCCCUCCCCCAACAUUGAUUAUAUCCCCAUCCAACUGGAUCUCAUGGACAGCAGGAGUAAAAUCGUGUACAAGUCUGAGAGGGCGUGGUUGCCUGUCUUCAUCAGAGCUGGUAUUCCAAACCAGAUUCCAAGGGCGGCGUUCAUGGCCAUGUUUAUUCUGGAAGUGGACCAGUUCAUCCUCACCUCUCUGACUACGUUGGUCCUGGACUGUGAAGAAGAUGAGACCCCUAAACCCUUGCUGGUGUUCAACAUCACUAAAGCUCCGCUCCAGGGUUAUGUGACUCACCUGUCAGAUCACACCAGACCCAUCUCCUCAUUUACCUGGAGAGAUCUCAGUGACUUGCAGAUUGCCUAUCAGCCACCAAAUAGCAGCCAUUCUGAGAGGAGACAUUAUGAGAUUGAACUGGAGGUGUUGGACUUCUUCUUUGGGAAGAGUGCCCCCAUCGUAGUCCACAUUUCCAUCCGAACAGCAGACACCAAUGCUUCCCGAGUGUCCUGGAAUACAGGUCUGGACCUCCUGGAGGGGCAGUCUCGGGCCAUCACCUGGGAACAGUUUCAGAUUGUUGACAAUGAUGACAUUGGUGCUGUCCAGUUGGUCACUGUCGAUGGCCUGCGGCAUGGACGCCUUACCGUAAGAGGGGAGAAAGGAUUCCUCUUCACUGUGGCUGAUCUUCAAGCUGGAGUUGUUCGCUAUCAUCACGAUGACAGCGACUCCACCAAAGACUUUGUGGUAUUCAGGAUAUUCGAUGGCUUUCACAGCACCCGCCACAAAUUUCCCAUCAAUAUCUUACCCAAAGAUGACAGUCCUCCAUUCCUCAUAACCAAUGUUGUGAUUGAACUGGAGGAGGGGCAGACCGUCCUGAUCCAAGGGUCCAUGCUGAGAGCUUCAGACAUGGACUCCAGUGAUGACUACAUCUUCUAUAAUAUCACAAAGCCCCCACAGGCUGGAGAGAUCAUGAAGAAGCCAGGGCCAGGACUGAUAGGCUACCCUGUCCAAGGCUUCCUUCAGAGGGAUCUGUUUAAUGGAAUCAUUUCCUAUCGUCACUUCGGUGGAGAAAUAUUUGAAGAUUCUUUUGAAUUUGUCCUGUGGGACAGCCAUGAGCCUCCAAAUCUGUCAGGGCCACAGAUCGUGACAAUCCAUAUCACUCCAGUAGAUGACCAGCUUCCAAAAGAGGCUCCUGGAGUCUCUCGACAUUUGGUUGUUAAGGAAACAGAGGUGGCCUACAUAACCAAGAAGCAUCUACAUUUCCUAGAUAUGGAAUCAUGUGACAGAGAGCUGCUCUACACAGUAACAACACCUCCAUUUUUCUCUUUCGGCCCCAGACACUCGGAUGCUGGGAAGUUAUUCAUGGUGGACAGCAUACCGAAGCUAACCAAAAACCCAGUAGCCCUGGGAUUAAGGUCAUUUACUCAGCAUGCUGUGAACCAUAUGAAAGUGGCCUACAUGCCCCCUAUGCAAGAUAUUGGGCCCCAUCUCCAGCACGUCCAGUUUACAGUUUCUAUCAGUAACCAACAUGGUGGCACUUUGCAUGGGAUAUGCUUUAACAUUACCAUUCUUCCAGUGGACAAUCAAGUUCCUGAGGUCUUCACCAACUCUCUGAGAGUGGCUGAGGGAGGUCAAUGCAUCGUGGACACAGAGCACAUCCAUGUUUCUGAUGUGGAUACCCUACCGGACAAUAUCUACCUCUCUCUGACGGGGACCCCGCUGAGUGGAAGGGUGGAGCUGAAUGGAUUUCCCCUAAAUCCAGGGGAUACAUUUUCUUGGAGAGACCUUCAUACCUUAAAAGUUAGGUAUCAACAUGAUGGAUCUGAGGUUCUUCAGGAUGACAUAUGUUUGGAAGUCACAGAUGGCAAAAAUUCAGCAGAAUUUGUUCUACAUGUUGAGGUAUUCCCUGUAAAUGAUGAGCCACCAGUCCUAAAGGCUGACCUCAUAGCCGUUAUGCCCUGCCUUGAAGGUGGAGAGGUGGUCAUCACCCCUGAAUAUCUUUGUGCUACUGACAUGGACAGUGAUGACUUGACACUGGUGUUUAUGAUUGUUGGAGAACCUCAGCAUGGGAUGGUGAAGAAGGCUGGAGUGAGAGUGGACAGUUUUUCUCAGGCGGAUGUUAUCUCAGGGGCAGUGACAUACAGACACACAGGUGGUGAGAUUGGCCUGGUACCUUGUUUUGACACCAUUACAUUGGUGGUUUUGGAUGGAGAAGCCAGCCCUGUCAUCAAUGGCUGUUGCUACCACAGGCCUGAUCCAUCAGCUCUUCAAGAGGCCUUUCCAGUGUAUGAUCUCAAUAUCACAGUGCAUCCAGUAGACAAUCAACCACCUUCCAUUGAAAUUGGUACCAUGUUCGUUGUAGAUGAAGGCUUCUCUGCAGCCAUUACCAUUAACCACUUGUCUGUCACUGACCCUGACACUGCUGCAGAUGACUUGGAAUUUGUUUUGGUUUCUCCUCCUCAAUUUGGCUACCUUGAAAACACACUCCCUUCUGCUGGUUUUGAGAAAAGCAACAUGGGCAUCAGUAUAUCUUCAUUUCAGUGGAGAGACAUGAAGUCUUUGCACAUUAACUAUGUGCAAUCCAAGCAUCUGAGGAUAGAACCAACGGCCGAUCAGUUCGUGGUCUCUGUUACAGACGGGUCACAACGCUCCUCUGAGACAUCAUUUUACAUUCGAAUCAACCCCACCAAUGAUGAGGCCCCUGACUUUGUAGUGCAGAACCUUACCGUGUGCCAGGGUGGAAUGGUGGAGCUGGAUUCUUCCAUCAUCAGUGCUGCUGACCUGGACAUUCCUAAGGACCACUUACUCUUCAGCAUCUCUCAGAAACCACAUCAUGGUCUCCUCAUCCAUGGGGGACCCAGUGAAAACACUCCUCCAAAUAACCAGCCAGCCAACCCUCACCAGAAACAUGAGCUCAUUCAUAACUUUUCCAUGGACCUUCUUAAGACUGGACUGAAGCUGUCAUAUGUGCAUGAUGGCUCAGAGGGCCUAGCUGAUGACUUUGCAGUCCAGUUGUCAGAUGGGAAACACAAGAUAGUUAAAAUGAUUUCAAUAGAGGUCUUUCCAGUUAAUGAUGAGAAACCAACAUUAAGCAAGAAGGCUGAAGUUGUGGUGAAUGUGGGUGAUACUCGUAUCCUGUCAAGUGCUGUCCUUUCUGCCAUAGAUAAAGACUCCCCCAGGGAGAAGAUUUACUAUUUAUUUGAAAAGCUUCCCCAAAAUGGACAACUUCAACUUAAGAUAGGGAGGGGCUGGGUCCCUCUCUCCCCUGGCAUGAAAUGCACCCAGAUGGACGUGGAUCUGAACUUGCUGAGAUACACACACACGGGGGCAAUUGAUUCCCACAAUCGAGAUAGCUUUACCUUCUACCUCUGGGAUGGUGACAACAGAUCACCUGCAUAUGAUUGUCACAUCAUCAUUAAGGACAUGGGAAAAGGUGACAUCGUCAUUCUUACAAAACCACUGGUGGUGUCUAAAGGUGAUCGGCGGAUCCUGACGACCUCCACGCUCCUGGCUGUGGAUGCAACAGACAGGCCUGAGGAACUGGUGUAUGUCAUCACCUCCCCUCCACAGCAUGGCCAGGUGGAAUACGUCCGCUAUCCUGGAGUUCCCAUCACAAGCUUCAGUCAAAUGGAUGUUGCAGGACAGACAGUUUGCUAUGUUCACAUGAGCAAGGCAGCAGUUUGCCAUGACAGCUUCAGAUUCAUCAUCAGUAAUGGACUGCAGACAAAGCAUGGGGUGUUUGAAAUCAUACUGGAGACUGUGGACAAAGCCUUGCCUGUGGUGACCAGGAACAAAGGGCUGAGGUUGGCUGAAGGGGCCAUGAGUCUGCUCUCCCCUGACCAACUCCAAGUGACUGACCCAGAUACCUCUGCAGAAAACCUCACCUUCAUCCUGGAUCAGCUCCCACAGCAUGGCAAGCUCUACCUAAGGGGGUCAGUGCUGAUCCAACUCAAUUUUACUCAGCAGGAUGUGGACAGCAGGAAGGUGGCCUAUCAGCACUCAGGAGGUCACUCUCACACAGACUGCUUUACUUUUGUGGUCACAGAUAGGACAAACCGUGGCUUUGUUGUGGAUGGGAGAGUGCAGGAAGAGCCUGUUUCAUUCACCAUUCAGGUAGACCAGUUGGACAAAACAGCCCCCCGGAUCACACACUUACAUUUCCCUUCUCAAGUGAGCCUCCUAAAAAAUGGCUGUUAUGGGAUUUACAUCACUUCCCAUGUGCUGAAGGCAUCAGACCCUGACACCGAGGAUGAUGAGAUUAUCUUUAAGAUUUUACGAGGCCCACUAUAUGGACAUCUGGAGAACACAACAACAGGUGAAUUUAUCCAUGAGAAAUUUAGCCAAAAGGAUUUGAACAGUAAGACUAUUCUUUAUAUGAUAAACCCAUCUUUGGAAGUAAAUUCAGAUUUCAUGGAACUUCAAGUCACCGACCCCACAGGGAACUCUGCAACCCCUCAAAUUUUGGAGUUGAAGUGGUCUCAUAUUGAAUGGUCACAGUCUGAAUAUGAAGUCUGUGAAAAUGUGGGUAUGUUGACCUUGGAAGUUACCAGAAGGGGCUAUUCCAUGGAUUCGGCCUUCGUGAGCAUAAAGGUCAACCAAGUGUCAGCGACAGUUGGAAAAGAUUUCACAGUGACUCCAUCCAAACUCAUUCAGUUUGAUCCAGGAAUGUCAACUAAGAUGUGGAAUAUAGCAAUUACCUAUGACGGAUUAGAGGAAGAUGAUGAGGUCUUUGAAGUAAUUCUGAACUCCCCUGUGAAUGCAGUUCUUGGCACGAAGACAAAAGCUGCAGUGAAAAUUUUGGACUCAAAAGGAGGACAGUGCCUGACUUCCUAUUCCUCCAACCACAGCCAGCACAAGGCAUGGGAAAAGGGUGUUUGGCCCUUGUUGCCCUCUGGCUCCUCCUCAUCCAUUUCUGGUGGUUUCCCUCAUCUGGAAAGAAGAUACCCUUCAUCUUCUCAGCAGCUAGUGGUCACCAAGGGGAGCACCCUGCGGAGCUUUGAUGCUGCAGUUCUUUCUCAAAGGAAGCUCAGGACCCAUGGGAACGGCAAGGCAGUUUUACCAUCCUCUGUUUAUAAAAAUGGAACAGACAUCAUCUAUAAUUACCAUGGGGUGGUUUCUUUGAGACUGGAAGAUGACAGUUUUCCCACUCACAAAAGGAAGGCUACCGUAUCCAUCCUGAGUCAGCCACACAGGACAGUCAAAGCAGCAGAGCUGCCUCUGGCAGAGACAGAAUCCACAAGUGCCUCACACUUUCCCAGACAGAACCAGUUGCCAUCAUUCCCAAAGAAUUGCACGGUGGAGAUAAAGGGACUCCUCCAUUUUGAAGAAAGUAACCAAAAACUGUAUCAAUGCAAUGGAAUUGCCUGGAAAAUCUGGAGUCCCCAAACCAAGGAGGUGGAAGACAAAUCCUGCCCAGCUGGAUGGCACCUGCACUCAGGCUACUGCCAUACCUUGAUCACAGAACAGAAGAGCACCUGGGCCCUGGCCAUGCAAGCUUGCAGGGAACAACACCUGGGCAACCUUGUCACUGUAUUCUCCAGGCAACACAUGCAGUGGUUGUGGCACAUCAGUGGAAAAAAACCCUUUUGGAUAGGAUUGAAUGACCAAGAGCAUGCUGGCCGCUGGGUGUGGAUUGGUGGUGAACCUGUUGCCUUCACCAACUGGAGGAGAGGACGCCCUCAAAACUCAAGGCCUGGAAAGAAUUGUGUUUUGGUACAAAAACAAGGGAAAUGGCAAACGAAGAACUGUGGGAAGGGCAAGCCUCAUAAUUUUAUUUGUUCCUGGAAACUUGAAAUGUAACUGAUUCUGCAGGUGCUCACUUGAGAUGUCUCACCUAUUUAUUUAUAGGACUUAGGAAUAUUGCCCAAAUGAAAUCGAAUUGUUGUGACUGGCUCUGCAUAUCUUUGUGAUUUUAUAUAGUAAAAAUGAAAUCUAGAUUAGUCAUUCCAGGAAGACUGAUAAAUUGUUAUUUCUUACAAGUUGAGAUAUAACUUUUGUAUCACAAUAUCUUUAAAAAAUAAAUGUCUGCAGUAUUAUAAAGUAUAAGAAUUGUUUAUUCCUGAAGACCUGCACCCUCACCCUCUCCAAAUAUCAGGCAGUACCAAUUUUUGUUGCUCUUAGAUUCCCCCCCCCCGUUGUCUCAAAUCUGACAUCAAUGUUGUGGGGGCUCCUACUACUUCAGUCUUCCUACUACUUCAGUCUGAGUGAAGCUAACCCUGUCAGCUCAUUAAACUGAGGUUGAAAUCCUAAGGGUUGGAUUUGCCCUUUGGAGCUCUUUAAAUGGGAACCCUAAAAUUAGAUGCUGGGGGUGAGAAGGAGAGUUCUUUCUAAGAUGACAGAGUAUUUGACACAGUAGUUCAGGUGAGAAUUUAGGGGGCUAACUGUACUUCAGUGAGCUACCCAUAAUAACUCGUGAUAAAAAUCUCCUUUUCUAAUAUGAAUGUCGGCAUUGUGCCAUUCCAAAGUGAAAGAUUGAGUUUCUCUGGCCUUCCACUCUUGAGAAAUUUGAAGUAACAUAAUAUCUUUAAUUUGCAUCUGAGUUUUUUCUACUGAGAAGCUUUUCUCAAGGGCACUUGACAUAAGAGACAGUUGACAUAUAAGAGAAAAGUCCUGCAUCCUCAGAAGUGUCCCUAUGAACUAUGCUGAUGAGCAGAGAAAAUAACAUUGAAAACAGAUCCCUUGAAAGCCUAUCUUCUCAGAAAGAUUUUUGGAUGCAGUUUUGACCCCUUACUUCUUUAAUAUUUGAAGAAAUAUUGAAUAAACUAAUUCUCUAAUGGAAAGGCCUUUUGUUAAUUUAUAGACGCAGCUGAGUGAAACAUUUGUAUAGCAAUGAGGCAGACUAUAUCCUGCACUGAAAUCCCUUUUGUAAUCAAGGUUUAAUUAUAGAAAAUUAUUUUACUUCUGAAAUGCUUGUUAAAAUUUUACUCUUCUAAUAGUCACUGAAAAAUAUGGUUGUACCAAAUGUAACUUGUUAUGGUGUACCAGUGUAACUUCAGAAUUGAAAUGAGGGUCACAAUAGGCUAGAGUUUUGGUACAAUCUCUCUCUCUCUCUCUGAGUCUAUCUCUUACU